AUGCUUGUGCAACAAAAGAUUUAUGAAAAAUUAUACGGAUUUUAUCGGAUUUUUAUAUUAUAUUUUAUUGGAUAUAUUAUUUGGAACAAGUUUUAAUCGCUUUUUUCGUAAUUUUUUUGUUAUUCUGCGUAACAAAUAUAGAUGCCAUAUGAAUCACUCAUUAGAGAUACAAUCUUUACACAAAUCUAGUAAUAAAGUCGCCAAAUUAUAUAUAUCUGGAUAAAUAAGUACUAACACGAUCACGCUUUCUUUUUCGUAUUUCUUAUAUAUACACUGAGAAAAAACCUAAGAAAAAAGAUCUUUAUGUAUGUAGUGGAGGCACUAAUAACACAUAUUUAUUUAUAAAUAUAAAAUAUUUCUUAAAUAAGAAAUAUUUAUUUAAAUAAGAAUAUCUAUUUUUUUAAACUUUAGAAAUUUUCAUGAAACAAUUGUUUAUUCUAUUUAAAUAAAAUAAUUUAGAUUCAAGUAAAUAUGUUAUUAUAAUACUCACACACAUAUAAUGAAUAAAUAUUAAAAAAAUUUUUUAGAUACUUUUUUUUAGUGUACAUAAAGAUCUUAUAAAGAUAUAUGCUUUAAGAUUUUUUUAUUUGUUAUUUUUAGCGGCAAACUUUAGUCUUACAAACUUUUCGUACAUUUUUGAGUUUUCACAUUUAAUUAUGAAUAUAUAGCAAUGUUGUUUAAAAUUCUCCGGAGCAAACACACGCUCGGUGUAAACAAGCUACAGCGAAUUUUCGUAUCGAGCAAAUAUUUACCCUAACAGCUCGAGAUGUGACUUGAAAUUGUUUAUCGUUUCCGUCACGGAAUUGAGCAAUGCCCCAAUUCCCUUUUACGCGUCCUUCCAUUGCGUAAAAGCAUCCGUAAUUCAGUGCAAUCCGAUACAACGUAAACUUUGCAAGAAAAAAGUCAAUAUUUUCCCAGAGUUUUCCAGCGUGGAAUCCCCUUAACGAAAGUCUCUCGCUUGAUUGUAUCGUUUUAUUGCGCGAUAUCCCCGUACCUUUGCUACUGAAAAAGUACCGCGCGCGCGGGCGCGUGCUAAUGUUAUUACUCGCGAUUGCGUCGCUGCGUGAUUUUUAAUCGAACUCGCAAUUCUAUUCGCGGCGGUUCCAUUCAAUUCGCCCUCGUGAAUGUUGCGCAGCGCGGUAUAUAGACUUCCGCUACGUCUGCAAUAGAGAGAAUUCCCGAGCCAGGAAUAGUCCAUAAGAAUAUCAUUAUCUCUUAGGAAUCAAUAUUCUUGACCGCCCGGGUCUGUGGUACGCGUGGUUACGGCGUUAGCUUCUUGGUCGGAUUCGCUACCGCAGAUAAGAAUGUUCUACUGACAUCGCGUCUACUCUUUGCAAGGGAAAUGUAUCCGUACCUACACCGCGCGCAUGUAGUCGCCGUCUUCAGCCAAUACGCACCGUUGUCCCAGUUAUUUUUAAGCGCGACAAAGAGAGAUCUUCCGCGCGAAUGAGCUCAUAAAACGCGUCUAAGAAAAUUUCGUUGUGUAAAGAAAAUAUACAACGAAAAGAUGAUGUCAUUAAUCUACAAAAAAGAAACUUUAUUCUUGUCACAUUGACCUAAUUAGGUGAUCUAUACAGGAUGUUUCAGUAAUGAUGAGCAAUCUCUUAGAGGCGAUAGAUUAGGUAAAAAUAACCCUAUGAGUUCAUAUAGUUUGUUUUCCUGCAGCGCACUCUUACUAAAAUAUAUUCACCUUCGGAGUUAGAAUGUAAAAAGCGUUUUCUAAAAAUAACUCUUACAUUACUUAUCAAGUUUUAGUAAUUUUUAUAUUAUCUUUAUACUAAAUAAAAAUCGUUAAGAUGGUUUGAUAUAUUUAUUGAUAUUGUGUCAGACAGCCGAACAGCAAAACGCUCCUAAAUUUCUUAAUAUCUAAACUGAGAUGAGUAGGAUAAAUAGUUCUUGGACAUUUUUUGAGAUUUCUCUCAAAUCUUUCUCUAAAAAAAAUGUUUAAUUUCAGGAAAGUGAAUAUGUAUUAUAUAAUUUUGGAGAAAUCUAUUUCUUUUCAAUUAAAUUUGACUUAAUCCAAUUUUAUUUCACGCAAAAUCAUUAUCUUAUGAUUUGAAUAAGUUUUAUCUUUCACCGUUCAAAUGCAUUUUUCUUGAAAACCAUUCGUUUUUUUGAGAUCAAAUAAGAAUAUUUUUUUGAAAAGAAAGAUAAGAGGAAUCUAAACAAGUGUUCAAAAAUUAAAUAAUCCUACUCGCUUCCAAGAUUAAGGUUUAAGAAAUUUAGAGGUGAUUUGCUCCCCUCGAUUCCCCGAAGUAAAUAUCUCAAUUUAUAUGAACUUAUAAGAUUAUUUCACCUAAUCUACAGCUUCUUAGAGAUUGUCCAUCUUUACUGAAACACUCUGUGUAAUAUUAUUUACAUUGAAUUAAAAAUACAAGAUUUUUUCUGUCACUCAGAGUUUUCCAGUAAAUGUGAUCUUCAAGUUUCAAGAAAACUGACUUUCUUUAUAUGUACACAGACAUAGCUUACGUAAUUUAAACUGAUUCUACGCACAAAAAUACACAAGAAGCGCACAUGAGAAAUUCCGUGUGACAAAUGACCUGUAGACCAGCGUAAUUAAAACUAGCUGUAAUUCCACCCAACAAUAAUACGAGUCUCAUUUGCAACAGCAAAGACGGACGUAUGUGCAAUGUUUGCCGUUAUUUCUCCUCGGAAAAAAAAAAGAAAAAUAUUCCCUGUCAUUUGUCAGCGACGGCUGGUGGCCGACACGAAUAUCUCGCGGCGAGCAUGAUACACACAAAUUAUCCGUCUUGACAUAAUUAUCUACAAUGACACCACAGGUGUGGAACUAUAAGUUGCGACACAUACAUCACUCACCACGAAACACUAAGCGCAAGUGCUUCCCGCGCGACGUUAUCGCGCGAUAAUACGUGUAAGAAAAAAGGAUCGCAAGGAGUGGCGCGAGCAAACGAACGAAACGACCCGCGCUUCGCGCUUUGUUUCUCUCCAUAUGUAGAGCGUGUAUAUAUCGUCGUCUCGGGACAUAUCGACGAUCGCUUGUUCGACGUCGCCCGACACCUCAGGUCUUGUCGGUCGACCUGGGUCAAGAGGAUUCGGAUUACCAUACGGUGCGCAAGAGGCGUUCGCUAUAAUUGAUGUUCUCUCUCUCUUUCUCUCUCUCUCUCUCUCUCUCUCUCUCUCUCUGUCUUUCGUCCCGGCUACUCUGCCGGAUACAACGCAGUAGCCGCGGCGCAUGACGGAGACACAACCACGAAGCUUACCGUAAAUCCGCGAUUCAGCAAACAAACUUGCACCUGUGGUGGCAUCUUCUAACUACCGGCUCCGUUGGCGUCGCGAACGACGAGCGCGCAACUCGAUCUCUUGGUUCCCACGAGUUACUUCACGCGUUGAUGCGGGGACCGACGUUCGCUGUCGUGACCGGCUAUUAGAGGACACAGCAACGAAGAUGCCAUCAAGAGAGAGACUCAGCAGCGACACGUGUCCUAUGUGGCAGUAGAACUACGUCGCCAGUUUCAUAGUUCGUGCGUGCUUUAAUCGUAGUAUUCGACGCACGCGUGGAAAGAAGGAGGAGAAGAAAAUCGGCGAGAAUGCUGUGCUUGGAUAUCAAGCUGGUCGCGCGGCUGCGAGGUGUCACCUCCGGGACCACUUCGUCGUCCGCGUCGCCGACGCUCCCGACGUCGGGCGCAGCCUCGUCGUCGUCAACGUCGGGCGCGAACAUCGCGGAGAAGAGCAAGUUCCGCAAAGCGAGACGCGAGAGCGGCGAGAUCGCCAGCUCGACGACGACCAGCGACAGCGAGGAGGAGCUGCUGCGACCUAACCCGAGCGUCCAGGAAAUGAUCCGCAGAAACCGAUCCAGAUCGGUGUGCGUGGCGGCGAUCUUGCCGUCCUCGCAACUCAGACAAUUGCAUCGGCGCGCCAGUCAUCAUAUAUCCACCGCGGACGCGAUAUCGAGGCGAGGAGUCCUGUCGAGACGAUGCUACGGCAGCGUGGAAAUGCUGCCGCAGAUCGAGCAGGACGGCGUCGACAAUGGCAGGAGAUUUCGCGUGGAGAAUGGCGACUCACCGGGCGAGAAGGAGGAGAUGUUCGGCUCGCCGAGUACGCCAAUACUAGAGAACCCAGAAUACCAGACGCGUUGGUACUUUAAAUAUUUCCUGGGCAAGCUGCAUCAAAAUUACAUCGCCUCUGAUCAAGAGAGGAACCCCGUCUUUCUCUCGGUAGUCACGAGCGAGGUUGGUGAUCAAUGCGUGCCACAUUACCGAGUGAUUUUGUGGAGACGAACUGGUGCGCAGAAAAUAUCAUUGCCGUACUCGGCGAACAAGACCAUGACUAUCCGUCAGAUCCUCAGCAACUUCUUCGGUCUCGAGAAGCUCGACAAGGCGCCGCGCGAAGUUUUCUCGCCCGAACUGCAAAAGGAUUUGUUACUGCUCGAGGAGCAAGAGGGCUCGGUGAACUUCAAGUUCGGUGUCAUCUACGCGAAAGAAGGUCAGAUCACCGACGACGAGAUGUUGUCGAACGAAAGGGGCAGCCCCGGCUUCGAGAGCUUUCUGGAGAUCUUGGGCGAGAGGAUACGGCUCAAAGGUUGGGACAAAUACAGGGGUGGCUUGGACGUGAAGGGUGAUAUGACAGGUAAGGAGAGUUACUACACGGUUUACGCGGGUCACGAAGUGAUGUAUCACGUUAGCACGAUGCUGCCGUACUCGAAGGACAAUCCACAGCAGUUGGAGAGGAAGAGACACAUCGGCAACGACAUCGUCAAUAUCAUUUACACGGACGACCCGGCGGCAGUGGAUAUGUUCAAUCCCAACUGUAUAAGAAGCCAAUUUACCCACGUGUUCGCCGUGAUAACGACCGAGGCGGAUGGCAAGGGAUGGCGGGUUGCUAUUUAUUGCGACGAGACAGUGCCCCUGUUCGGGCCGAGCCUACCCUGCCCGCCAAUUUUCGAGGACCCGUAUAAUCUCCGGGAGUUUCUCCUCGUUAAGCUGAUCAAUGGCGAGAAAGCCACCUUCGACACUCCAACGUUCUCCAGGAAGCGGGAGAGGACUCUCGACGCCCUGUUGCGAGAUAUGUACCAGGAGCACUCGCAGGAGAGCAAGAGCAACAGCAUGCUAAAUCGCCGGGCACUCUCGGACGUUGUCGAGGCACCGGGACGGCGACGAGAAGAGACGCGCGCCGUGGAGAUGGUGCGAGUCGGACAAGCCUUGAAGCUGGAGGCUAUCAUGCGUGGUCUCGCGCCUACCUCCCUCGCCACGGUCGGUCCUUUGAAGCCGCGGCCAUGGGAGCCGAGGUGCAUCUAUCCCGAUUUUCCCCACGAGGUCGUCUGCGGCGACGUCUGGCUGGAGAGCAGACUGAUCAUCGCCACCGAGAGCGGCACGUUCCUCAUCGAAGACGGUCUCUCGCACCGGCUGAUCUUCGACGAGUCGGUGCAGAUCAAGCAGUUGGACGUGGUGGAGCAGCACGGCAUACUCCUGUUCCGCGCCGGAGACAAGGGCAAGGAGAGUAGCGUUUAUGUGUUUCGGCUGCGCGAGUUCGAGAGCGACAUAUCCGCGAGGUGCGCCGAGCUGUUCAACGAUCGCGAGAAAGACGAGGGCGAGAAGGAGGAGGACGACGACGACGAGGACACCAUAAUCGCCGACGACGAGGACGAGCGUAACGACGACGACUGCGACGAAGAGGACGCCGACGAGUGCGACAACUUCACCCGCACCACCGCUAAGUUCCAGCCGGUGGGACGUCCGCGCGCACGUUUGCGCGUCCGCGCACCGGCUGUCCGCAGUCGAGCGCAUAUCAAGGAGAGAAAGCUACGACGCACACGGGGAUGCCAUUUGUACAGCAUCACGCGACCCGGAGGCUCGCAUCUACGCAUGUGCGUGGUCGUCGGCCGCCGACUGACGGUCCUUCAGUGGAAGCACAACGCAGCCUGGACCAUCUGGUGCUCGGCAGCCGACACCGACACUGUCGACGGUUUCCUACUUAUCAAGGAGUUCACGGCGAGCGAGACACCCUCGUUGGUCACGAUGAUCGAAAGCACCGAUCCGUCGAACGAGUGGACACUGUGCUGCGGCGCCCGUCAUCACUUUGAGCUGAUCUCCGCCACCGGGGCCUCGAAGAUAGUCCACAUGGAGGCGACGGCCAAGCCGCACCUAGUGGCAGCGUUGGACCUUCGCGAGGACGAAGAGCCGGAACUGUUACUUUGUUACAACAAUACGUGUCACUUUCAAAAACUGGCGGAAGAAAAUGCUGCGCCGACCGAGUUCGACUUCAAUUGGAAUUCGGUGCCGACAGCCGUAGCCUGUGCCUUUCCAUACGUGAUUGCCUUCACUGACGACACGAUGGAGAUCCGUCUGAUAAUAAACGGCAACCUGGUACACACGAUCGCCAUGCCGAACCUCAAUCUGAUCACCUCGAAACGGGAUAUCUUCUUCGCGACUACCGCGCCGGAGUUCCUCCCGGGAAAGUGCGAGCGAAUUCGCUUGGACUCGAAACCCUCAGAGAAGGAAGAGAUGCCUUGCAGCCCGCCGCCCUCCGCGCAGUCCUCGUCGUCCUCGCGAUCGUCCUUUCAAGGCAGCCAGGCCGACUGGAAGCCGAUAAGGAUUUACCGGAUACCGCUGCAGACGCUGUCGAGGAGCCCAGCGUCCACCAACUGCAACCAGAGAUGUCCGAGUCCGGCGGAGCCGGAAAUCGUCUCCGCGCCACCCACCACUGACAGGACCUUCUUGAACGUCGAGCCUCAACGUAUAGUGAGCAGAUCCUGCAGCAGCAGUCCGACGCCCACACCGACGACGAAUAUGCCGUCGCCGGGUAGGAAAUAGACGGCGUGCGUAUCUCGCACCUCCGCGAGGCGAACGAGCCGAUCAUUUACCGACAGACUGACGACCGCGAACAGUCCACCGCGCCGAGAGCGGUGUGUUCGAUCGCCGUGAGAUCGAUCGCGAGUAAAACCGACCGCACGUACCUGAUUACUCGUUCCCGUACGAGAGAACACGUGAGAAACUUCUGUCGCUGUUAUAUGCUGUAAGCGCGAUCGCGCACGCAACUUAUUACUCGGAUACAUUCCAACUGGGGCGCGUGUCGACGCCUUAAUUACGAAGUUCGUGGCUGAUGGCUUUUCUUCCCUGUUCUUUUACUUCCCGAGAUAUUUUCAUCUCGACAUUUCGUUAAUAUUGUUCAGCUUUAUUUAUCGUUUAUUGCGAUACUACACGGGUAAUGUUUAUUUUCUAUGAAUCUUAAUGUUGACAAAAAAUAUAAACGCGACGCACAUUAUAUAAUUAAUUACUUAACUCAACUUUGAUCUUGUUUUCCAUUAAUGUUAUUAUUUUUUUGCUUUAUUAAUUAUUUAUUACGAUAUCACACGUGGUAUAUAUAACUUCAAAGAAAUACAAACACGACGUUUAUUGCAUGACUAACUGCUUCAUUCCAGUUUUAUUUUCUAUUAAUUUCGUUAUUAUUGUCUUACAUUAUAAAUUGUUUAUUAGUAUACCAACCAUUACAUUUAUUUUCUAUUGAUUUUAAUUUAAAAGAAAUACAAAUAUGACGCAUAUU